AUGGUGAUCGCAAUUUCCAAGCAUUUUGGAUGGCCCAUCGACCAGCUUGAUGUGGUGACAGCUUUCCUGUAUGGCGUCAUGAAGGAACAAGUGUUCUGCGCGAUUCCUGAAGGCGUCGAACUUGACAGUACGUUCGACUGCCUGGAAUUGGUGAAGUCAAUUUACGGCCUCAAGCAAGCGUCGCGAGUGUGGAACGAGACGUUCGACGAGUAUGUGUGCUCCAUCGGAUUUCAAGUAUCGGACUUCGACCCAUGUCUCUACAUCAAGACUUCGGACGGCCAUUGCGUGUUUAUACUGGUCUACGUGGACGACGUCUUGGUGACUGGAAGCUCGCUCGAGCUGAUUGCACAAACCAAGAACGACCUGAAGACGCGGUUCGAGAUGACGGACAGCGGCAAGUGUGCGUUUGUUCUUGGGAUCGAGCUUUUGGACGGUGAAGAUGGCAGUGUGACACUAUGUCAGCGUCGGUAUGUCGAUGAUAUCCUCAAGCGAUUUGGCAUGGAUGAUUGCAAGGCUGUGUCAAGUCCAGUGGACAUGAGCUCUCGACUUAUUUCAAGCAAUGCAGCUACCAAGGUCGGUGCUCCUUUUCGCGAAGCUGUUGGUGCGUUGAUGCACCUGACCACUGCAACGCGUCCGGACAUUGCGUUUGCUGUGGGCUAUGUGUCGCAGUUCAUGGAAAAUCCCCAAGAAGAACACUGGGUUGCAGUUAAGCGUAUCUUUCGCUACCUACAAGGCACCAAGACGCAUGGAAUUUGCUACAAGCCAAGUGCAAGGAUCGACUUCCGUGGAUAUUCGGAUGCGGAUUGGGCUGGUGAUCUUACCGACCGCAAGUCAACAUCGGGGUACACGUUCAUGCUACUCGGUGCGCCAGUCAGUUGGGGCAGCAAGAAGCAGCCAAGUGUUUCGUUGUCCACGAGUGAAGCCGAAUACAUCGCACUCAGCUUGGCGAUUCAAGAGGGCAAGUGGAUUCAUCGUCUGCUUUGUGAGAUCGUGAUGGCUGCCAAUGAAGAAGGACCGGAACUCAUGAUUCAUGAAGACAAUCAGUCAUGUAUCAAGAUGACGAAGAACCCAGUCAACCACGGCCGUGCCAAGCACAUUGAUAUCAAGUACCAUCACAUCCGUGAUGAGGUCAAGCGCGGUGAAGUGAAGCUCAAGUACUGUGAAACUGCGGUGAUGUUAGCGGACAUCAUGACGAAGGGACUUCAUGGACCACGCCACAAGGAGAUGACGACGGCUCUCGGGAUUCGUGAGCAUUCGGAUUGA